GACUGGUAACGUUUCAUAAAUCAUUUUACUUAAAAGUUGUAAAUUUAACAAAAAAUUGUGCGUUACCAAAUUAUGUGUAUGACUUUCUAUCAAAAUGGGGCGCAAAGAGCAUCAAUUGAAAUUGGAGGCAUUUCAGAAGACAAUCGAUGUGCCCAAAUGGUAUUUGGGUCUAUCAGGCUAUCAGCAGACGGCUAUCAAAGAGAUGUACAAUGAUUUACGUGAUGACUUUGAGCAGGGCACCAGUUUUCGUGUGGAAAAAGGCUUAGCGCGUCUGGGUCUGGAUCCGCUGGUGUCCAAGAAAAAAAUACGCACGAUGGUGAAGCUGAGUCGUGGCAACGAUCUGGCCUUUCUCUUCUUCAUGCUCGAGGGCUACUACAAGACGGCUCGACGCAAUGGCGAAUACAGCACCAAUGAGAAGCUCCUGAUGGUGGCCAUGGCAAAUGUUGAUUUGAUGGAAACACUGCGUGAACUGGAUCGCAUAUUGCCGCCACCACAGCUGAGCGCCUUGGACAAGAAGCGCCAACAGCGCAAUGUCUAUCAACCACCAGCCAGACAUGACUCCGAUGUGCACAAGCAUCAUGCAGUACCAGCAGGUAAAUCCAAAAAGAAAAGGAAGCUGCCGUACUUUAUAGCGCAGACGCGACCCAAGGAAAUCGCAGUCGACUACUCAAGUCGACCAGCCAAUCACAUUGUACAGUUUCCGUUCUGGCCCUUGAAUGCGCCACCCGCGUAUGGCACACCGGCAGAGUUGCGUUGGUUCCAAGAGUACAAGCUGAAUCCUGUGGGACGUUUGGUCAAGAAUAUUGUGAGCGAGGCAGUGGACAAGUUUUUCAAUCUGAAGUUUCUGGAGGGCAGACAAACGCUCAGCCGCAAGGCGGCGGAAGAGUUUCAUACUAUGCGCAAGUCCAUACAUGGCGUUCCACAGCUCUGUGGCUAUCAUCAGUUUAUGCUGACUGAGGCGCAACUGGCCAAGGAUCAGCUGGUGGUGCUGGCACGCGAUCGCUGCUUGGAAAUGCUCGACAUAACCAUGCCCUAUCGCAAGCUGCGCCAGCGUCGCAUUGUAGCGCAGCUGGAGCGCGACAUAGACGACUGCUAUAAGCGCUACAACAUGAAGAUCGAUCGCUUGAAGGUGCGCACCCUCAGCAUCUCCAAGUCGGAGUGUAUGCUGUGCCAGGAGCAGUAUGUUGAUCUGGCCAAGCCUCCGCCAUGCGUCAAGCAAGGUCGCGCCUUGGUGGCUGACUGCGAGCAGCUGGCGCAUACCGAAAUUCUGGAUACCUAUGUGGGCAAUCGUCUCACAGGCGGUGGCGUGCGUCGAGAGCCUGUGGACUUUGCAGGCGAGCUGGGCAAUUGUCAGCCAGUGCCGGAGUUCACUGGCGUGAUCAAUGUGGAGCCGGGACAGCCGCCGCAAACGGCACCCAUAAACUCAGGCAAGCAGCGCAUUUCCUUCUCGCUGGAUGCGCGUCAACUGCGCAUGAGCAGCAACAAGAAAUCCAAGCCACCGGAUCAGCCCAUAGCGGUGCGCUAUGAGGCCAAGCAGACGCGCAAGACUUUCUUCAAGGCCCCCGUGCCGCACCAGCCGUAUCAGUUCAAGUACAAGCGCAUCUUCAAGUCCGGCAUGGAGAAGCCCACCGAUGUGUGCAAGCAAAUAGCCAAAGCCUUUGUGCAGGCGCUGGACAAAGGCGAAGCCAAGUCGGAGCACAUUUGCAAUCAGCUAAAGCCUACAACAUCCGAUGAUGAGCUGGCGCAGCUGGCUGAACAGCACAGCGGCUAUCGCUUGACCGACAGCUGCACCAGCACGGACGAUACCAGCGAUCAUAGCACGCACAGCCGUGUGGAUCAUCGCGCCGAGAUCGUCAACGCUGUGGUGCGUUGUGUCAAAGAGAUCUGGGUCAAGGGCGUGACUGUGAAGCGCGCCGAAAUGGAAGCGGCCGAAGCGUUUGCGGCACGCAAAUCUCAAUAUACUGGUGUGCUGAAGUUCGACAUUGAUCGCUUUGAUCCGAAUGAUCAGCAGUUGAUGAACACCAUGCUGCAGGAUGGCUUCAAGGAGAUGCGCAAGAACACACGCUAUGUGCUCGCCUCGCUGCCCGAUGCCCACAAGCUGCCCGUGCUCCAGGAGUGGAUAAAGCGACGCUACGGCAAGCAAUAUACCGAGGUGCAAAUGCAAACGAACCUCGACCAAUCGAUUAAGAUAUUCGAGGUGAUGUCCAUGCUGCAGGGCAUACCACCGCCGGCGGAUAAAUUGGGCAUUGAUCGCAUACCCGAAAGCAAGGAGAACUAUGCCUACUUUAAAUCAGCCAAGGCAUUGGGUAAAAAGGUCACAUCCACAUAUUAUAAGAAACUCAACGAUACGUACAUGCAGCACGUUAUGGCCUGCUGGUAUGCCAUGGGUAAUUACUUGUGUCCGGGUGGACCACCACGCAAGACCUUCUACGCCUAUAUGUCGGCCAAUACCAGAGAUAUAAUGCGCCAUCGUGUUUGGAAUGGUGAAUUUCGUGAUGUGCGCAGUUUUCGCGAUAAUGCGAAAUCAAAAUUAACUUAGGUUAUUUAUUUAUAUGUUGUGGAGUGUAAAUUUUGUUUUAGAAUAUAAAACCAAUUGCACAUGUUUAA